GCAGCGGUGGGGGUGCCUGAGAGCCUAACAAGGAGUAAGGGCGCUGAUGAGCGUCUGGCACUGGUGGGAAGCAGUUCAUUUAAGGAGCAGCCCGAGCUCACGGCAAGCUUGGGAUGGAGGCAAGGAGGGAGAGCCCAGCACUGAUUUUCAGAGGGGUAGGAGCACCUUGGUGAGUUAUUGAUGCCCUAAAAGGCGGACCUCUGUCUGCACUUGCUCCCUGGGGUAUCACCCCUACUGUUGGGGACAGGGUCUGCCCCCAGCCCUCACCUCCAGCCCGAGGGUGAGCUUGUUUGAACUACCACUUUUAGUUUUGGGUUAAAUAUUUUCUUGUUUUUAACAGCCCACCCCCCUGCCCUGACAAUGCUCACUGCUGCUCAGCCAAAGCCUCAUGGAUUAUUCACUCGCUGUCAGUUAUUUCUGUUCCUGGCUCUGAAAAAAUAAUGAGCCAGUUUGGUAGGAAAAGCCCCAGAGAUUGGGGGAGCAGGACAAACAGCCUCUCUCUGCUCAUCCCACGUUUACAGCCCCAUUACAGCUCCAGCUCUUCACCUGUAGCUCCGGAGCCUCCUGUACCUCAUCUCCCAGCAGCUGGGGAGCCUCUCCAGCCCCAGGGGGGCCACCACACAGACCUGCUGACCCCCCUCAACCAGGCUGGUAGGUCCCUCUGUCUUUGCCAAGCAUGGUGGAUCCGUCCUUGCUCAUCCUCUGCCAGCAUCAGGUUCUUUUUUUUUUUUCCCCAGAGCAUCCCACUGCCACAUGCUGAGCUGGGUCGGGGCCAGCUUCUUGCUGCCAACUGCAAAAUGCCCCUUUCCAUGAAAUCGGGUGUUAGCAUGGCGAUAACCCAGAGCCCCUCAAUCUUUAAACCCAGAUUAUCUUUCCCCAGAUUUUCAAGGUUUUCUGUGGCUGUGUUGAAGUACAGCUUUCCCUGGAAAUGCAGGAAUAGAUGUUUGAAGUCUCUAGGGAAACGUGUUUCUUAUCUAUAUGCAUAUUUCUACGUGUUUUCAGCCUUGAAACCUGGGGAGGAGCAGGUACCUCUCAGGGCUGGGGACAGCAGGUGACAGGAAUUAGAGAGGGUCUGGGGAGCUGGCAGGAUGAUGGGGAGGGGCCCGCUUGGGGACACAUGGUGCUGGUGAGCCGGUGAUCAAAGGGCUGUAUAAAGGGUGGCGACGCAGGCAGGAGAAACGCUGGGGCAAAGGCCGGCAGUCACUGUCCCACGCCGGCAAACACGGGGCCUGCCAGGAGCUGGGUACCCCAAGGGACAGCAUGGUGAGUGCCCCACGGCUGGGGGGUGAGGAGAGGCCGCGCACCCCCCUUUUUUGCCGUGGUGGUGGAGGGCUGGGGGGCUCAGUGUCUUGCAGCAGCUCUUGUUUAUGGUGUUUGUUGCAGCCAUCCCCGAGGCGGAGGUGGGGAGCGCAGGACAAGCCCCUCUUGUCACCGGAAAGCUUUGGCUCUUCAACCGUGGCUGGGACCUGGGGAUGUUCCCCCAGGAGACCCCCCUGCCAGACCCCCACAGCAGGCACAGGGCUGACCUCCCGUGCGUACCUGCUCCCUGCCCCACAGUGAUGGGGGAUGCUCCCCUGCCACUCCUGGGGGGUGGGUACAGACUGAAGGACCAUGGGGCUCCUCUGGGCAGCACCCCCUUAGAGGGAAAGGGCCCUUGGGGACAUGCAGGGGAGGGGACAAGGUGUGGGGUGGCAGCGACCUUGGGGGUGCAUGAAAUGCUGGUGAUUUGGGGGAGAGGAGCUCCUGGGGUUAGGGGGGCUGCUUUACAUACCUGGGUAAAGCCAGGGAGCACCCACACCCUGAACACCAGGUCUGGGUCCUGCAUCUUGGAAGGGUGCUGGAGCCCUGGAGGGGGGCUGGGAAAUGGCACGGGGGAUGCCCAGGGCAAGCUGAGCGGGCGAGGGGUCUUCAGGGUGGAAAGGAGAACUGUGAGGGCAGGCAGCAGUGCGUGGUCCUCGCCUGAUGUGUAGUAGCGAGCUGGCGGUGGGCUGAGCUGGGAUGCAGGAGGGGUGUCUUCACCCCCCGAUGAGGGAAACGGGGAGAUGUGGAGCUGAAAAGUGGCGGAGGGGAACAGACACACACACAAUCUGCUGAGGGGCAGCGACACGUCGCCCCGGUGCUGUGUCUGUGUGGGACGGUGGGGCCAGGGCAGCCACGUGUGCUCUCCCUUCCCUUCCUUGCCUGGGAUGCUGUAGCAGCGCUGACGAUGGCACCCAGAGACCCUUUUGUCACCCUCCCUCCCUACACCCCCCCGGGGGAUACCAGGGCCGUGCAGGGGGCUGGAUGCUGCAGGCUGGUGUCAGUCACCCUCCUAAAAGCGAAGCUGGGGGUGCUGGGGGUAAGAGCAAGCACCUCGCCAGGCCCCCGUGCCCCAGGGCUGUGGCCGGUGCCGGGCUGCCCGGUGCCUUCUGCUCCCCAGGGCAUCCAGAUCCUCCUGGGCAUCCUCCACCUGGGCUGCGGGGGGGUCCUCAUCUCCUCCCUCAGCGAGCCCCUGCAGGUGCUGACCGCCAGGUCCUGCUACUUCAUCUGGGGAGGAUUCCUGUUCAUCCUCUCCGGUUCCAGCUCCAUGGUGGCAGAGAAGAAACAGGGUGUCUGUGUGGUGAAUGGCUUCCUGGUCCUCAACGCCAUCAGCCUGCUGGCCUCCGUGGUGGGCAUCGUCCUGGUGCUCUGGGACUUCAGUUUCCACCAUGAAGCCUUUUUUGGGCCCCAGCUGGAGCUGCACCUGGUGCGGGGGCUCCUGGGUGUCCUGUUCACAUUCACUGCGCCCGAGACCUGCAUCACCUUCUUCUGCAUCUAUUUUGGCUGGAAAACCAGACUGGCCACAUCCACGCCGGCUGAGGAUUUCACCCUGAGCUGCGUGCCUCCACCGGCGAUGCUGCCACCCCCGCCACCCUACCACGAGGUAUUCGCGGCUGUGGACAGACGGGCUCUGUAGCAGCUCUGCGGAGGGUGGGGGGGGAGCUCUGCCCAUCAGUGGCUCCCCCUUCCUCUCCAUGUCGUCGUGGCUUUCCUUGUAUCAGCUGCAGAGACAUGCUGUGGCCAUCCCCUGU